AUGGACGAGCAGCGUGCGUCCUCCCUUGAGGAUGAAGUGCAGCAUGGCAUUGAUGUUAUUGUGAAGCUUACACAGUUUAGUGGCAGUGAAAAGAGCAUUAAUACACUAAUUGAUAGAGAAAUUGAGAGGCUUACAAAGCAGCAUAAUGGCUGUCAAAAGUCUCCGCAGCCUCAUGCCUCUUCUGACUGUCCUCAGCAUAAGAAGCUUGAGGAGCUUAGAAAGAAACUUGAGACAUUGAAACAGAAUAAAGAAAAUCAUUGUGAAACAUUAUUAAAUAACCUGUGUUCUGGCUUGGAGAAGUUCCUUGGUUACCAAGAAACUUCCAAAGGCUACGAUGGCUCUGGCAUCGUGUACUCGGACCUGGACAGGCUCUGCGACGGGGUGAUGGCGUUUUUGCACGGGGUGCUUGAUGGAGUGAAGGAUGAUGAUAACGUUGCAGCAUAUGAUGUUAAAGACACUGAAAACAUUAAUAAAGUUAUUAGUGAUUUACAUGAUAAUGUAGGUAAAGGCCGUCAGGCCUUCCCGGAGGCCGUGACUCAGGUGGAGAAGGCAACGGGAGGAGUGAAGGAUAAAUUAGGUAAAUACUACAAUCAAGCCUACGACCAGACCGACUUAAAUGGUCAGCUGCACGAGUGGACUAAGACUCUCCAAGGGAUUUCUACUGAGCUCACAAUAAUAGAAACACAACAGAUUAAUGACUUGGAUAAAUCACUUAGCACACGUAUAAUGCACAAAAUAGAACCAAUUCAGAAAUCGGUGGAGGUGCUGCUUGGGGCGGCUAGGGAGGAGGGGCUUAAGAGCAAGGUGAAGGAGGUGGAUGAUGCGCUCUGGAAACAGGAACAAAAAGUUAGAACAUCCGUUGGGAAUCUAAGAAUUGAGAAAAGGGAGAAGUUUGACAUAAUUAAAAAAGCGAUAAAAGAUGCGCAGCAUUUUAUGGACAAUGGUUUUGACUGGGAGUAUAGAAGCAAAAUAUUAGGCUGCUUUACUGCGAUCAAGGAUGCAAUAAUAAAUGCUUAUGAUUCGUUGAAACAGAAGAAGAAUUACCUGGACGGGCUUGUCAUGGACGCUCAGGAGCAUGUUUAUCAGAUAAAAAUAGGAAUCGGAACUGAAAGCAUCUCAUUUGGAGAUACUGUAUACGGUGGUUGGGGUUUGCUUAAGAUCGAGAUUAAGAAACUUGUUGGACAGAUUAAAGGGGAACCAGGUGAAGGUUUAGUUCAAGUUCAAAAUAAUAGUGGUCUAAAGCAGAUUGUUGAGGGAGUUGAGGCAUACGCCAAUGGCUUUGAGAAUGAGGCUUUUAGUAAGGUUUUGCAAAAGUGGAUUGAUGAGAUAGUGAACGAUGCAGAUGAAGGUAUUGUGGGUAGUAAAAUUAAGAAUUACGUUACAUUCAACCAAAACAAUGGUAAGCUUAGCGCAGAAGUUGGUUCAGUUAAAUCUAAGACUGUGCGACAAGCCAUUAUAGCAGAACUCCCAGCGUUCAUUCACGGAGAUGUUAAAACCGCUGCCGUGUCUACGCUGAAAAAUACCAAGGUGAAUAACAUUGAUGAGCAAUUGAGCGCUUUUGCGGCCAGGAUCGAAAGUGAACUUACAAACGAUAGGGACUCAUCAAUUGGAUCGGCAGUCCAAGCGAUUGAGGAGAAGUUAGGGUUGAAAGGAGUAACGAACAAUUACAGGCAAUAUCUUACAGCCGCCGUUAAGGCCAUUGCUAACUCUAUCAUUAAAAACUUCAUGCAAGUCGCCGAGGAGCUUAAGCGGUUCGCAAAGGACUCCCACAUCGCCAACUUGACGCAAAUAGGCAACAAUGUCGACAACAUCAAAAAAUAUUUUGACGGCACAAAAGCUGAAACAAUUAACGGAACAACUAAUUACGGCAAAAAAAUUGAUGAUGCGCUGGCAAAGGUGAAAGAUGAAAUUGAAGCGCUUGAUGGGUUGUUAGGUGUAAAGGUAGGCCAAGAUGGCUCAAUUCAGAAGAAGCUAAACGAGAUUCAAGAGGAACUUGAAAUUAAAUACAAACUUCAUGUCAUCGAAUGGAAUACGAGAGAUGCGGAUGAAGCUUUAACACAUGCCAUUGAUGAAAUUGAUAAAGUUGUUCGGGAUGCUUUCUCCACCCUCACCGCCGAGGUCCGCGCUCUCUUCGCCCAGGGCCACAAAGCCGACCUGGCGGCGCUCAAAACGCUGGUAGAGGAGCAGGAAAAAGAGAUCGAUAAGAUCAUUAAACAUGAUAAAAGCAAUGGCGUGAAAGGUCUUUUAAAGUGGAUGUAUGAUAAAGCGGGUAGCCGAAUUAAUGCUCUUGGCAGUGCGUUAACUCCGUCUCCUGCGCCAGCUGUGAAAACUCAAGGAAACACAGAAGAUCGGACAAAAUUAAAAAACGUAUCCGACAAAUUCAGAGAAUAUUCAGACAUUAUUUUGGAUUACAUCGGUGGUCAAGCGAGAAAUCCAAGUGCCAUUGUCAAGCCCACUGAGCAGUCACUUCAGGUCGGAGACAUUAAAGAUGCGUUCGACCGCUUGAUAAAAUAUGUUGCUCAUCAUGAUGAUAAUAAAUACACUUUCGAUCACAUCUCUACAUCAUAUUUAGAUGCGCUUAAUGCGUCUCUCCAUAAACUUUCCCCCUCCCACUUCCACGGCUUCCACAACCCGCUGCUCCUCGACGCCCUCAAGUCCGGCAUGUCUGCCUUCACCAAGCAACUCGGACACGCGUACGUGAACAGGUACAGCGGUCAAAAAGGUAGCGAUGACUGGGUGAUUACAAACACUAAAAAAAAUAACGAUCCUUCUCAACCCGAUAAAGUCCUCUCCACCGAGGGCAGAAACUGCGCCAAGGUAUGCCUGACCAUACUGGAGACGCUAUUGAGUGGCUUGGAUGGGUUGAAGGAUGUAUGUAAGAAACGUUUUUCCAAGAGUACAAUUAGUCGGUCUUCAGAUCUGGGAGAACUAUUUAAAAGUUAUGGUUACCGUGUUGCCAGCCACUCUAAGUCACAAGAUGGCGAGUUGAAGCGUCAUGAAGAUAUGACAGGUGAGAAGGUAUUUCAGAAGCUCCACGAGAUGAAAUUUACGAGCAGCGACAAAAUUGAACAUCUCAAGGAGUGUGAAUCCAAUGAAGUGGAUGUAAAUUCUAAAAAGAAGAAACAUGAUAACUUCGACAUCUUUGACUUACUGAAAUGCCUUCACCGUCACCUAGAAGAGUAUUACUCCGUCGGUCACAUAGCAACUUUCACCUCCAUGAAACAACCGUGCAGUGUUAAUGAAAUGCUUUCUUGGUUCUCAGGUCUGCCGUAUAACGCUGCGUAUUCCACUCUAUUGCGUGACGGUUUCACUAGCCUCCUGCAGAAGCCUAAGCCCAAAACCAUACAGGGCGGCGACGAAUUUGAAGUAGAAUUAGAUGAUCUGAAGUCCUACUACAUAGAUGCUUAUCCAAACAGAAUCACAUAUGAUCACAUAAAUACUGCACUCGACCAUAUUUGUUCGAUAUCCUAUGACAUCUUGACGUCAAUCGCCGGUCACGGCGACGAAUACACAACGUACGCCGCUGACUUCUGCACCAACCACCUUAGCCUAUCAUAUCCUUCGAUUCCAUCUCAAUGCCUGGAUAUGCUUCUUGACAUUUUGCGUAGACUAUUACCACAGCUUCGAUAUUUGUUCAACCGAUGCAAGCUAAGUACUAAGCAUAGCGGUUGGUCGCAAUGCCUCUACGGCAGGGAUGUCUUCACUACCAAAUCACCAUGUAAUAAUCAUUCAAAUAGCAAACCAAACAGCCGACCAAAGUGCCAACCUACGUGCCAGGCAAACACAAAACCAAAUUGCCAACCAACUUCACCUUUAAUGAGUUACCUAACGGACUCGUUACCUGGUCACUUACCUCAUGACGUUUCUUCUAUUGGCUGUCGCUCUGUAUGUUCAACAUGUCCAAAUGGCAAGAAAGGCAUGCCAUGCUUAACACCUCUAGGCUUCAGAGGUUUCUCUGGGUCUACGCGUAAGGGUGAGGAGAUAUGUGAUAUUCUGGACAAAUUCUUCUCCAACUUCUAUUUGUCAUCCCUAUUCUGUCUCUCACCAAAGACCCCGGCUUCAUUACCUGAGCAGUUCGGGUUUGUUUUAUCACUAGUAAGUGGUUGGAAUAGUCCCAAGACAGAAGCUACAAGUCGCAUUAAGAAGUCCGUUGAAUCAUCCAUUGAGAGUGUGUCCAUUAACCUGUAUGAUCAACCGACGAAACUAACAGCUGCACUUACUAAUGCGUACCGUAAUACACACAGUAACCAUGGAGGGAAGGACCAUCUUCCUGCAUACUCUGAUGUGUAUAGUCUGGCGAUGACGUCAGCAUGUAAUGAUCGUGUCGGAAAAGCGUUGUGCGCUCCGUAUGUUGCAUCACUCUGCGGCGAUACGUAUGCUUACUUUGCUGAGAAGCACUGUAACACAUACCUCUCAUGGGCCAUAUACCUCCCAUGGACGUUCUGGGACCUACUCAACAAUCUUUACAAUUCCUUCUGCUCUAUCACUUGUGCAGAUUGGGGAUGCCGUGGAUGUCUCAGAGGGGACAAGUGCAAGAGUGGCAAGCAUGGUGUCGUCGAGGAUGAGAAGAAUCAAGAUGCCACAUGUCAGUGUGAUUCUAUAGUGAAAUGCAGAGGCGUGGCACCGACGCUCUACCAGUAUGGAUUCACGUUUGGCGAGGCGUCGACGUUAAAUAGUGGUAGCACAGUGAAGAAGUGUUCCGAUUUCUGUAGUCAAUUGAGGAAUGUGCUGCACUCGGAAUAUUUCCAGAAGCUAUUCGAGGAAUGUGACAAUUUCCUGAAAGCAAUAAGAUGGCCAUUUAUGCUAACGUUGUUAGCCCUCUGGUCCCUCUCUUUGCUCUACCUGCUGCACAUCGCCGUCGUCCGCCUCGACGUCCUGAGGAUACGCUCCCACCUGCGCUCGCCCUCAAGCCACCGCAUCGCCGCGCAGUCCCUCCUCGCCGCCGCACGCGUCAAGGCACUCGCCAACGUCAAGUACUUCUCACCAUAA